GUUUCCAUAUUGGCUUAACAACAGCGGCGAAUUACGUUCGAGGAUGCUAUUAUACCAACUGGGCCCAGUAUCGCACCGGGAAAGGGAAAUUUAUGCCGGAAGAUAUCCCGAAAGGCCUAUGCACACACGUUUUGUACGCUUUCGCCAAAGUCGACAGUGCAGGCACAUCACUUCCUGUUGAAUGGAACGACGAGGACACACAGUGGAGUCAGGGGAUGUAUUCCCGAGUUACGCAACACAAGAAAAGUGAUCCUGGUCUCAAGAUACUUCUCUCGUAUGGUGGAUAUAACUUCGGCUCGCCGAUUUUCACUGUUAGUUAUCACUCUUCUAUGUUCUGUGAUGCAAUACUCACUAUAGUAAAAGUCCUUUAUUAGUC